UAUAUAUAUAUAUAUAUAUAUGUAUGUAUGUAUGUGACCUUUUGAUAUUAAACAUGGUAAGUAUGGGGAAUUGUCUUACUCUUCACCGCAAAAGAAAGAAAGCUUUGCCAAUCGAAACAGUCUUCAAGCUUCCAUCUCCAUUACCAACAUGGCCACCAGGUGAAGGGUUUGCAAAGGGAAUUAUUGAUCUUGGUGGACUACAAGUAUGUCAAAUAUCGACUUUUACAAAAGUGUGGGUGACCUACCAAGGCGGACCAGAUGAUCUCGGUGCUACUUUUUUCGAACCGUCAUUGAUACCAGAUGGAUUUCACAUGCUAGCUAGCUAUGGGCAGUCGAACAACCGGUUGCUUUCAGGGUCAGUUCUUGUUGCAAAAGAUGACACCGACAAUCAAGAUUUGCUAAUACGACCAGUCGAUUACAGCCUAAUCUGGACCAGUGAAUCGUUAGGUAUGAAGCAAGACACCAAUGGGUACAUUUGGUUACCAAUUGCUCCUGAAGGAUAUCAUGCAUUAGGUCACGUUGUUACCAACACUGAACACAAGCCACCUAUUGAUAAAAUCCGUUGUGCUCGAUCUGAUUUCACCGACGAAAUUGAGAAUCAAACAUGGAUUUGGGGACUUGGGAAGGAAAGCAAUGCAAAUGAGCUUAACUAUUUCACUAUAAUGCCGAUGAAUCGAGGACCUCAACAAAUGGCUGUCUGUGUAGGCUCAUUUAUAGCUCAAAAUCCUAAUAAUCCAUCCCUUUCACAUACCCCUUUAGCUUGCUUGAGAAACAAGAAACCUAAUUAUCUUUCUUCAAUGCCUAACAUACAACAAAUUGAAACAUUGUUUCAAGCUUAUUCGCCAUUGAUUUACUUCCACCCUAAGGAAACCUAUCUUCCAUCAUCAGUCAACUGGUUUUUCAUCAAUGGCGGAUUACUAUACACAAAAGGGGAUGAGUCAAAUCCAGUCCCGAUCGAACCAACCGGUUCGAACCUUCCCCUAGGUGGUUCAAACGAUGGAAACUAUUGGCUAGAUCUCCCCAUCGACAAACCAUCAAAAGAGAAAGUGAAAAAAGGAGAUUUAAAGGAAACCCAAGUUUAUUUACACGUAAAACCCAUGUUGGGUGCAACAUAUACAGAUAUUCAGAUAUGGGUUUUUUACCCUUUCAACGGCGGAGCCAAAGCCAAAGCGGUAUUCAUCAACAUACCGUUAGGAAAGAUCGGAGAACAUGUCGGCGAUUGGGAACACCUAACUUUGAGAAUCAGCAACUUCACCGGCGAAUUACAAAGUGUGUAUUUCUCAGCUCACAGUGGAGGCUCAUGGGUGACCGUGUCAGAGCUGGAAUUCAACGGCGUAAACAAGCCGUGCACGUAUUCAUCAUUGCACGGGCAUGCUAUGUAUUCGAAACCGGGGCUGGUUUUGCAAGGAAAAGGAACAAUUGGGAUCCGUAACGAUACUGCUAAGAGCAAGAUUUUAAUGGAUACCGGGGUGGGAUUUGAGUUAGUUGCCGGGGAGUAUUUGGGGAACAGUGUUGUUGAACCACCAUGGUUGAAUUAUUGCAGGGAAUGGGGGCCAAAGGUGAGCUAUGAUUUGGGUGAUGAGAUUAAGAAAGUGGGGAAAUUGUUGCCUGGAAUUGAGAAAUUUAUGAAAAGCUUGCCAAAGGAAGUUUUAGGGGAAGAAGGGCCCACUGGACCUAAGAUGAAAAGGAGUUGGGAUGGGGUUGAGGUUUAAGAUAAAAAGUAAAGGGACUGAAUUAUUAAAAAUAAAAGUACAGAAACUUAUGUAUUAGGAGUAUGAUAUACAUUUUCAAUUUGCUUGCAAAUGAAGAUAUUAACCUUUGAUUUUCUAUUA